CGCCGUUAAACCUCAUCGAAGAAGAAGACAUUUCUGUGGUUCGUGAUGAGAAUGCUUGUAUACCAGGAUGUCUGUUGAAAGCCAAGAGAACCGGACAGUGGAGGUGCUGGGAGUACCGGAGGAGGUGGAGUAUGAGCUGCUGUAUUUGUACUUUGAGAACAAGCGUCGUUCUGGAGGAGGUAGUCUGGUGUCUGUGAAGCUGGAAGGGAGCCGGGCUUUACUGCUGUUUGAAGAGGCAGAGGUCGCAUCAAGGGUCCUGUCUAAAAGACCACAUGUCCUGAACAAUGCUGAGCUGACCGUGAGGAAGCCUGCGUGUAAGGAUCCACGGAGGUUGUUGCUGCGGGGGGUUAACCCAACCACCAGUCAGGAUCUGGUGGAGCUGUAUGUAGAGAACAUGAUGGGGAUGGACAUAGACGACUACACUCUCUACCCCUCACCUGGCAGGGACCUGGUCCUAGUACACUUCCAUCAGGCCUUCAAUAAAGACUUCCAGAAGCUUUGCACAAAGAUCUCUAAGAAGCCUCUGGAUGGAGCGCAGAUCGUUCUGGAACAGAUCGAUCAAACUGACUCCAUCCUAAUGGAGAACCUGCACCCCAGCAUCACAGCAGACAUGCUUAAUCUGUACCUGGAGAGCCAACGGGGCGGGCGCGGUGAAGUUAAGGAGGUCACCAUGAGGUCAGAGGGGGUUGCCAGGGUCUCCUUCCUGGACUUUGACUCAGUGGAACGUGUCCUUAACCAAUCACACAAGAUGGAGGAGACAGAUCUAACAGUCAGUCCUUACUUCUCCUUCCUCCAAUCAGAGGACAGCUCCUCCUCACCUCUGACCUCUCCCCUGACCUCUCUGAAUGGAACAUCAGAUAGUAGCACAACGAACACACAGCAGACAGUCAGUGGUGGUCAAUCACAGACUGGUUCUCUCCCUGCAGCCAGUACCAGUGACUGUUCUCAGUCCUCCCACCAGGCUACCUCUGAGCCUUUGGUCCCCACUCUGUCCCAUGCAGCAGCAGCCCAGGGAGGCAUGGAUGACCUAACGUCGACCCCAGAGCCCAUGUCUAGCCACAUCUCCGUCCCAGACCCCGUGAAACUCACCCUGCUCCAGCUCAGUCCCCUGCCCCAGAGCCUCCAGCUGGCCCACCAAGGCUGUAGCAUCCAGAUCAGGGAGGACGGGGUCCACAUGGCCGGGCCUGACCGGCUAGUGUUGGAGCAGCUGAAGAAUGCUGUGUUGGAGUUCCUUGGGGGCGUGACCCAGGCUCAUCUCACCUUUGACCCCGAGAAGGCCCACUUCCUGGCCAAACAGGAAGUGAAGGACAGGCUGCUGCAGACGUUGAAGGAAAAGGGGCUGCCGUCCAUGUACACCGUGUCGGACUGUGUCAUCGUGGUAACGUCUCUGUCUCUCAGCUUGGUGAGCCAGGCAUGUAGCAUGUUGAAGACCCUGCUGUCUGACUUCAGUAUCCCUGUGGACAGAGAGUAUGAGUGUAUGUUAUACGCCCAGGAGUGGACUAGCUUCCUCCAGUCUCUGGGUCUCUGCUCAGCUAAGGUGUCAGAAAGAGGACAGAUAGAUGUCCUGACUCUGAGAGGGUUGGAGGAGGAGAAGCAGGCUAAAAUAGUAGAGUUCCUCAGUACACCCAUUGAAACGGAGGCUAUCAUCUCUAUGGAGCCAGGCAUGUUGAAGUACAUCCAGACCCACCGUCACCAGCUACUGGCUGAUAUGAACCAGGUGUCUAUCUUCCCUUUGGACGCACAUGACAUCUGUGGACUCAGAAUCCAAGGCAACGCUGGGGCAUGUCAAAUGGCUGAUGAGGUUCUGAGGGGCGUGGUGUCGUCCACCGAGACCAGAACCAUCACGGUGAAACAGCCAGGCGUGGCGCGGUUCCUCAUCCAGGAGGGGGAGGGGACCAGCAUCCUCAGGGAGAUGCAGACUAAGUUCCAGGUCUACAUAAACAUGGAGAAGGUGCACUGGGAACCCCUGGAGAACGAGGACAUCUUUGAGGCUGCGUGGAAUAUGUCGUCCCAUCAGAGCUUCCAGAGAAGUUCCUUAGAUGGUUCCUUACAGGCCUCAACAUCAAUUCUGACUCACACUAUCCAGACCUCCAACAACCUCUCAGCUUCAGACAGAGGUCGUAUAGAGGAGGCAAAGAGGCUGUUCUCAGCCAUAGAUGAGACGGUGGACUCUGGCCUCUCCAGUUUGACCAGAACCACUGGCAUGGAGGAGGAUCUGUAUACGGCCAGGGAACCCAUGGCCCUCAGCACUUACCAGGGCCCAGACAGAGACAGCGCUAACAUCAAGGUGGAGGAAGAGGCUCCACUGCCCAUGGUGGAGGGAGGGGGAAGUGACGAUGAAGCUGCUACUGCUCCUGUGGUGACUCAGGAUGGAGAGCUGUCCUGGGCCAUGCAACUCUCCACUACCCUGGAGGAGGAGGCCCAGAUGUCCCUGGCCAUCCAGUACUCCAUGGAGACCACCAAGAGGUCCCUGGCCGACGAGGAGGAGGAGCUGCAGAAGGUUCUGGAGCUGUCCAGGAAGAUGACGAAGAUGACUCGGCAUGAUGGUGAUGGUUGUGCCAUGCCUAUCGUUUCCCUCCCUGCUGCUGGCUCCCACCUCGAUCAGGCUGUCCAGGUGUCUCUGCAGGAGGCCAUCCAGUCUGCCAACACGGCAACAAUCUUUGUGUUUGCUGGCUACAGUUGUGACCUGAUCAGAGUGGACAUUGCCCUGAACAAGAGGAUCACUAUUAAACAGCAUGUGGAGAAGCUAGAGCACCGCAGCCUGAGGAGCCUGUCUCAGUAUCACAGGUGGUGUCUGGACCUCAUCAAGAGGAAACACGCUGUGGAGAUCACCAUCCAGGGAACUACGGCAACCAUCUCUGGGUUCAAGGACUUUGUUAUCGGGGCGAUGCCGGACAUGAAGCUGCUACUGAGGAGGAUCUCCACGACGACAUCAGACGCUGACAUCCUGCGGACAGUGCAAUGGGUGUGGCACGAUCCGGUGUCGUCAGGGAUGGAGAUCCCGUAUGCUCCGGAGGCGACAGUGUUCAUGGAGAACGCCUGGAAGAUGAGGCAGAAAAAGAUUGACAUCCUGCUCAACAACCAGCUGCACUUCAUCAACUUUGAGAAGAUGCAGGAGUACAACGUGGCCUCUGGGAAGUCAGUAACCAUCUCCAGGAAGAUGCUUAGCUCAGAUAUACAAGAUGAGGACUACAGUCUACUGUCCAACCUGCCUGAAACGUCCAGAGUGAACAAGGAUUCUGAUGAGUUCAAGGAUGUUUUGAAAGACUUCUACGACUCCAUACAUGAGUACCACAACGAAAUCAGAAUCAUUAAGGUUGAGAAGCUGAUGAAUAGGCUCCUGUACAACCAGUACAGACUGAAGAAGGCUAGUAUAAAUCAGAGUGCCACUGACCCAGAAGUGGAGCGGACUUUGUACCACGGCACAAGCGAGUCCAGCAUGAAAGAGAUCUGUGUUCAUGGCUUCAACAGAAGCUUCUGUGGAAAGAAUGCCACUGUGUAUGGUCAGGGGGUCUACUUUGCUGUGAACUCGGCCCUGUCCGUCCAGGAUCAGUAUUCUCCCCCCAACGCAGAUGGACACAAGUUUGUGUUUGUGACCAAGGUGCUGACUGGGAACUUCACUCAGGGCAGUCAUUCGAUGAAGGCUGCUCCUCUGAAGGAGAGUGCUGACAUACCACUCCGAUACGACAGCGUGGCAGAUAAGACGGACAACCCCUCUCUGUUUGUUAUCUUCAACGACACACAGGCCUACCCUGAGUAUCUCAUCACAUGUCAGAAGAUUCACCGCUGAGGGAGUGGGAGAUGAUGAUUGAUAUCCAAAGAAAGGCUAAGCACUAACUGUUUUAUUAGUUAUCUCCCUAUUGAGAAAAUAGGAUUCAUGGGAAUUCUAUUUGAAAAAGGCUUCUAAGAAUAUAUUGUGUUACUUUAAGUGAUAAUGCCAGAGAAGCCGGUGUUCGGAGGAUAUAUUGGCACGGGUUUUGCAUUUGGUGCAAAGUAU